GAGGUGGCCGCUGGCGCUCUGGUGGCGGGCGCGGCCGAUAUGGCGAAAAGCAGCAGAGAGAAUGGGCCGCGCGAGCCCGCAGCAGGCGGGAGCCUGUCUGGGACCCGGGAAAGCCUGGCCCAGGGCCCCGACGCCGCCACCGCCGACGAGCUGAGCUCGCUCGGCUCCGACUCGGAGGCCAACGGCUUCGCCGAGCGCCGCAUCGACAAGUUCGGAUUCAUCGUGGGUUCGCAGGGCGCCGAGGGCGCACUGGAGGAAGUUCCCCUGGAGGUGCUGAGGCAGAGGGAGUCCAAGUGGCUGGACAUGCUCAACAACUGGGACAAAUGGAUGGCCAAGAAGCACAAAAAGAUUCGUCUUCGAUGCCAGAAGGGCAUCCCACCUUCUCUGCGCGGACGGGCUUGGCAGUACCUGUCGGGAGGCAAGGUGAAACUUCAGCAGAACCCUGGGAAGUUUGAUGAGCUGGACAUGUCUCCUGGGGACCCCAAGUGGCUAGAUGUGAUUGAGCGUGACCUGCACCGGCAGUUCCCAUUCCAUGAGAUGUUCGUGUCCCGAGGAGGCCAUGGCCAGCAGGACCUGUUCCGUGUGCUGAAGGCCUACACGCUGUACCGCCCUGAGGAGGGCUACUGCCAGGCGCAGGCACCCAUUGCUGCUGUGCUCCUCAUGCACAUGCCUGCUGAGCAAGCCUUCUGGUGUCUGGUACAAGUCUGUGAGAAGUACCUGCCUGGCUACUACAGUGAGAAACUGGAGGCAAUCCAGCUGGACGGCGAGAUCCUCUUCUCACUGCUACAGAAGGUGUCCCCUGUGGCUCACAAGCACCUCAGCCGCCAGAAGAUUGAUCCCCUGCUGUACAUGACAGAGUGGUUCAUGUGUGCUUUUGCCCGCACGCUGCCCUGGAGCUCUGUGCUGCGAGUUUGGGACAUGUUCUUUUGUGAAGGAGUCAAGAUCAUCUUCCGCGUGGGGCUGGUACUACUGAAGCAUGCACUGGGCUCCCCAGAGAAGCUCAAAGCCUGCCAGGGCCAGUAUGAAACCAUCGAGCAGCUGCGGAGCCUCAGCCCCAAGAUCAUGCAGGAAGCCUUCCUGGUUCAGGAGGUGAUAGAGCUGCCUGUGACGGAGCGCCAGAUUGAGCGGGAGCACCUCAUCCAGCUGCGGCGCUGGCAAGAGACGCGUGGUGAGCUGGAGUGCCGCUCUCUGCCCAGGAUGCAUGGUGCCAAAGCCAUCCUGGAUGCAGAGCCUGGUCCCAGGCCUGCCCUGCAACCUUCACCUUCCAUCCGCCUACCGCCAGAUGCAGCCCUCCUCAGCUCCAAGGCUAAGCCGCACAAGCAGGCCCAGAAGGAGCAGAAGCGGACAAAGACCAGUGCGCAACUGGACAAGUCCCCAGGCCUCAGUCAAGCCACAGUGGUGACUGCUGCAGGAGAUGCAUGUCCUCCUCAGGGUGUGUCCCCAAAGGACCCGGUCCCCCAGGACCCUACUCCUCAGAACUUAGCCUGCCACCAUUCCCAGGAGAGCCUGACCUCCCAGGAGAGUGAGGACACCUACUUGUAACCCCGGGAGCUCAGGCCUCCGCGGGGGUCUUCUCACGUCUUACACGGUUCAAAGACUGACAACACUCCAGGUCCUCUGCGCCUGAGGAGCCAACUGCUUGGCCCGUGGGCUGGGAUAGGAUCUGGCUGGUCCAGUACAGAGUCUGCCUGGGCCUCCUUAUUUAUUUUCUCUUGAGUUGAGCUGGUCCAGCCAGCACAGGCAGAAGCUGUGGCCAAAGGGGUUGGGUCUCAGCCCCAUCCUUCUGGGGAGAUGUUACCCAGGGGUAGGGUGCUGGCAUGCGGGGAGGCGGUGGGGUACUCUUUGUGUAAAAUAGAUAUAUGGUUUUGUACGGAAAUAAACAGGCUUGUGUAUAGAGCUGUGUAUAGUUAGGACCCAAAGGGCUAUCGCCCUUCAUCCCGGGAGCCCCCCUGAAACAUACAGGAGCACGGAGUCCAGAGCCAAUUACUGUUCUUGGCUCUUCUCUCUCGACCCAUCUUUCUUCCAUGUUCACCUCUACACAGAAGAGUCAGUCCAGGCUAAAGCCCACCACUGGGCAGAACAGGAAAUAGUCCCCAAGGCCUUGCUCUGUGCUUCUUUAUUGGGGAUUGGGGGUAAGAUCCUGAAGAGGUAGCUAAAGGCUCCAAGGCCAGACCUAGAUGCUGACCAUAGCAGGGAGUAGGGAGAAACAGACUUGGAGGAGCUUCCAGGCGUUGCCUGGGCCUAGGCUGCAUUGUCCUGGUACAGCUGGGAAUACUGAGUCUGGAGAGGCGAAUGGUUACCUGAGGUUCAGGGCAGCUUCACAUUCUCUGCCUCCUGCUUCUCAGCCCUGUGGCUCUCCACUCUGUCCACACUUGCCGUGGUGAGAUGAGGAGCUCACUUAAGACCCCAGUUAACUUGUGAGCACUCACACAGUAUCAGGGGCUGCCGCCAGGGCAAGGUACUGCAGGCGCCUGACACAAGCCUCCACCAAAGAAAGACAGGUGAGGGGAGAAGUGGGCCUCCUUGAUAAAGCGCUACUUUCUGUUGGCUGACACGGUCCACAUGCCAGGCUGGGCUUGUGUCUGACAUAAGAGGAGUUCAAUGUCCUCCUCCUCCAAGUGCCACAUUUGCACCCAAGCCCCUCACCCAAGUGAGCAGAGGGCGGUGGAGGGUCAGGCAGGUGCUCAGCUACAACCUGAUAGUUGGCGGUGAGGAGAACAGGGUGUCCCUGGGAGAGGCCCCCCUUCUGCUGAGGAAGCAGCUUUUCUAGUCAAACAAUAGUGGUUGUUCCUGGCCUGAGACCAAGCUGGGCCAGACCAUAGCAGGGGACAGGGAGGGAGGGACAGACUCACAGGGAGCUUUUAGGCAUUGCCUGGGCCUAGCACGUGUUGUCCUGGUACAACUGGGGAGACUGAGGCUAGAAAGGCAAACGGUUACCAGAGACUCUGGGCAGCUUGCACACUCUCCACCUCCUGCCUCUCACUCCUGUGGUUUCCUACUCUGUUCACACUUGCUGUGGUGAAAUGGGCUCAGCCUUUGAAAAGCACCCCCCAACCCCCUUAGUUCUCCAGGGGACAGGCCAGGAUGUGACGGCUGCACACUGUUCCAUGAGAAUUAUCUGGAGCUAGCAAAGCCAGGAACAGGACUGAGCCCAGCUUCCUUCUGCCUGUGAUGCAGGGUCUGGAGCAUCAAGUCCUGCGUGGGCCUGUUGGGUCUUGAUCACACCCAAGGCCUGCUUUAAACUACCUUGUUUAAAGCCUCCAACCUGAAGCCGAGUGUCUGGGCCAAACAAGGGCCCUUUGGAGCAUGCCCCAUCCUGCCGUGAAAUCAACCUGUGCUUGCUCGUUUCUGCUCAGCCUUGGGGUUUUCUUAAACCUUGAUCACUGGGGUGUCUGCCAGUGCUUAGGGGCCUUCUUGGAUCUGUAGCUAAUUUAGAUGUGUUCAGGCCAGUUGAGUUCUGCAAAUGAUGAGACGCUUUAAGAAAACUUCAACAGGGAGGUCUCUGGUUUGAUACCCAGGGAACCUCAAAUACUAUGGCCUGUCCCCUCAGUGUCUGAGCCCUGGGCAUUCUCACUUCAGGUACUUAGGGUUGUCCCUGGAAUAAGAUUCAGAAUCUAGGGGUAAGGGCUGGAGAGAUGGCUCAGCAGUUAAGAGCACUGACUGCUCUUCCGAAGGUCCCGAGUUCAAAUCCCAGCAACCACGUGGUUCACAACCAUCCGAAAUGAGAUCUGAUACCCUCUUCUGGUGUGCCUGAAGACACAGUAUACUUACAUAUAAUAAAUAAAAUUUAAAAAAA